GGGAGAGAGCCGGGCUGAAGUAGCCUACUGAUGGGAGAAGCUUUAGGAUUGGAGAGGAUUCAGCACAGGGACGGGACGGCAACCGAGAGACCGCAGGAAAUACUGGUUUAAAAAUACACCGAGAACUCCAGAAAUAACUCAAGGAGGAACUUUGAAUGGUAGCCGAAUAAUUUUGCUUCGUUUGUUGUCAUUUCUGUCCAUGCAUCUGUGUUUGUUAGACUGCAAACACAGCUACGGAUUUUACCAAGAAGUUUUUCCCUCUUUUGGAAUUCGAUUAGAAAAGUUCCAAAUUGGAAACAGAAGGGCAGCUACCCAAAGGACGGACAGCUUGGUUGGACAGUUACAGCAAGAAACACGAGCCCGGAGUCCUUAUAUCGUGGAAAACUAAAAGAAAAACGUACAAGAAAGUUUUCCAAAGAAAAGGACAUCUUAACCAUCAGUGCCGAACCGCGGCACUGCAACCAUACCUGCGCACAGCAAUCACAACGAAACUUUCAGCUUUGUUUUUGAGCGGGAUCGUUAUGGACAUUGGGGAGAUGCGGUGAUAUUUGUUUUACAACUUAGUCCGUGAAGUUUAGGUACACACACAAGAAAAAACAAACUCAAACGUUUGGUCCUUGUGGAUCAAUAUCGAGGAAGAAUGAAGACUGGAUCUGAGAUUACGCUGCUGUUAAGCGUCUUGCUGAAUGCGCUGAACUUCGCGAGUGCAGAAACAUGGACAGGGCUUCGCUUUGUGAAGAGCCCCAGCAACAUCACCUCAUCCCUGGGCAAGCCGGUGACUCUGCAGUGCAACCUGCAGGGGCAGGGAGGGGACGACAGCCCGCCCGACGUGCUCUGGUUCCAGGAGGACACCUUGCUUGAGGUGGCCGACACCAACCAGAUUCAACUGCAGGUGGACGAGGACACUUGGGUCGUCAUCAGCACUCUCAGUAUUGAGGAGGUGCAGCUGCCAGACAUGGGUGCCUAUCGCUGUGGUGUGAUGGAUGAAGCGGAGCUCACUUUGUCUUACAAGGGACACAUUCAACUGGAGGGUCUUCCUCACUUCUCUGUGGAGCCCAUCCACAUGUCCGUGGUGGCCAACGUGAGCGUGUCUCUGCUGUGUGUAGCCCACGGCCCCCCGGAGCCCGUGGACAUCAUCUGGCUCCAGGACGGAGCCCCUCUCAACUCGCUGCACGACCCCAUGUCCAGAUCGCCCUCCUACCUCAACCUCACUGGUUUGAACAGAACGAGCUCAUUCUCGUGUGAAGCUCACAACCGUAAGGGCGUGGCCUCCUCUGGAUCAGGCACUGUAACAGUACUUCCUGCUCAGCCGGUGGACAUCAGGGCCUUAGAGGUGACCAACUCCAGCCUCCAUAUCACCUGGGAGCCUGGCUUUGGUGGCGUGUACCCCAUCACCUUGUGCUCUGUCCAGGCGAGGAUCCCGGGCCCUGACCCUGACACAGGCAUCCUGAUCCACAACCAGAAUGUGAACACCCCUCCGGCCGUCCACACCAUAGCGGACCUGGCUCCCUUCAGCACCUACGAGGUGCGCGUGGCCUGCCAGACCAGCCAGGGGGUGUCCGAGUGGGCACCGUGGGUGCCCCUGGACACGGCCGAAGGAGUUCCUUACACCCCUCCGGUGAAUGUGACUGCUGUGUUGAAUGGCUCGGAGAUCCUGGUGCGAUGGGCGGGGCCAGUGGGCCCCAUCAAUGGAAACCUAUUGGGUUACCUCAUGGAGUACAGGAAUCACAACAACAGCUGGGAGCUACACGACUCCGGAUUGGACACUGAGCUGUCCAUCAACGUGACUGAUUCCCUAUCAAACAUCUCGCUGCGCGUGUGCGCUUACACGGGGGCGGGGCAAGGCCCCUGGAGUCCGCUACAGAUUGUCACUCGCAUUGCAGAAGUCAGCCCACUGAAAGCCAGAGACAAGGGCCCGGCAGCCUUCUCUUGGCACUGGUGGUACGUUGUCAUGGCGAUCGCGGUUGCCGUGGCACUGGCAGUUCUGAUGGCCAUCUAUGUGGCCCGCCUACGCAAGAAGGAGACACGCUUCGGUGAGGCGUUUGAGCCUAUGAUGGAGAGUGGAGAGCUGGUGGUGAGGUACCGCGCCAGACGCACCUACAGCCGGAGGACCACCGAGGCCACUCUGAAUACUCUGGGCAUCAGUGAUGAGCUGAAGCAGAAACUACAGGACGUGAUGGUGGACAGACAUAAACUUACCCUGGGAAAGACCCUGGGAGAGGGUGAGUUUGGCUCCGUCAUGGAGGGCCUGUUGACUCAGGAAGACUCCGUGCUCAAGGUGGCCGUCAAGACCAUGAAGAUCGCUAUCUGCACGCGUACGGAGAUGGAGGACUUCCUGAGGGAGGCGGCCUGCAUGAAGGAGUUCGACCACCAGAACGUCAUGAGGCUCCUAGGUGUCUGUCUUCAGACGGUGGAGAGUGAAGGCUAUCCCUCCCCGGUGGUGAUCCUGCCUUACAUGAAGCACGGUGACCUGCACAGCUAUCUGCUCUACUCAAGACUAGGAGACUGCCCAGUGUAUCUUCCUUCCCAGAUGUUGGUGAAAUUUAUGACAGACAUCGCCCGGGGGAUGGAGUAUCUGAGCAGCAAGAAUUUCAUUCACAGGGAUUUGGCUGCACGCAACUGCAUGUUGAAUGAGAACAUGAACGUGUGCGUGGCCGACUUUGGCCUGUCCAAGAAGAUCUACAACGGCGACUACUACCGGCAAGGACGCAUCUCCAAGAUGCCCGUCAAAUGGAUCGCCAUCGAGAGCCUGGCGGACCGCGUCUACACCACCAAGAGCGAUGUGUGGUCGUUUGGCGUGACCAUGUGGGAGAUCGCCACGCGAGGCCAGACGCCGUACCCAGGCGUGGAGAACAGUGAGAUUUACGACUACCUGCGGCAGGGCAACCGCCUCAAGCAGCCCCCAGACUGCCUGGACAGCAUUUACUCCCUGAUGUUCUCCUGCUGGCUCCUGAGCCCUAAGGACCGGCCCAGCUUCGAGGUCCUCUGCUGCGAGCUGGAGAAGAUCCUGGACGAGCUGCCCGACCCUCAAGACCCUGACGAGAUCCUCUACGUCAACAUGGAGGAGUCCAGCGGCGAGAUCGGCGCCGUCGGCGGCCGCGACCCCAGCUGUCCCCUUGGCUUGGGUCUCGGCGGUGGCGGGCUCUUCGGCGGCAGCGGCCUUGGCGGUGGCAGCAGCAUCGUUGACCGUCUGUCCAUGCCACCCUUGAAGGACUCCGUGGCCACGGUGGAGAUCCACCAGCCCAGCCACCACCACCACCAUCCCCAUCACCAGCCCAACCGCUAUGUCCUCUGCCCGCAGCAUGAGACCCAGCCGCCACAACGCCACCUGUUGACCAGCGCCGACUCGCUGGACUCGCUCCAUCUGCCGUCCUGCCAUCCUCCCCUGGGCGGAGCGCCUUCCUGCUCCACCGGCUGCUCCAACUCGGCCUCCCCCACCCCCACACUCCAGCUGCAGCCGUCCGAGCGCUCCAGCCCCGUGCCGCCGCUGGACAUUGACGACGAUGACGAUAACGAUGACGGUGAGGUGUUUACUACGGGACCUGCCGCUGUCAGAAGAGUACCAUGGCAAUGACAUUUUUCGACCCUUUUUUUGAACUUGUUUGAAAAACAAAACAAAAUGGCCCUUUCGUGGCCACAGUAUUUUAAGUCCACUUUACCCUCCACCCAUGCUUCCCUACAAAAACAAGCACGCCGAACCCCUGGCUUAUUACAAGGGGUGUGAUAUGUGUUUUGAAAUCUGCCACAAGAAAGUGUUCAUGUGCAAGGCUGCCCCCUAGUGGCGAUGAGACUGAGAUGACCCAACACCCCAGCCUGCAGUGUGUUUUUUUCUUUCUUUCAUUCUCUUUGUGUACAAGCACAUUGGGAUAUCUUCCCCGACCACACACAACACUUCCAUGAAAGCAUUCCAACAACAACAACAACAAGGCACUACCUAUUUAAAACUCUUAAUGAGAUUGUUCAAGUUGAACACGUGGAAGCAAAAUGAUAUUUUUUCUUAACCCCCUUUUCUUUGGUGUGCUGUUUCUCGCACGGCCUAAUCAAGAUGACCUUUGCACCACCAUUGACUGCCAUGAUUCCCAUUAGCGUAUGUGUUUGCCAGCCGAGCACCUGGCUAGUUGACUAGCACACUUUGAAGGUUGUGAUAGGCCAUAGUACACUUGAAUUAGAAAGAUAGAUAGACAACAGCCACAGAACAAUCAGUCCAUUAUGCCUUUGCCGUACUCAUCCCCACUAAACAUACAUACAUGUGCCUAAGACUAAGUAUGGUAGAAUUACUAUCAUUGACACCACUGCCUAUCAAGUCCACAACCCCAACUAUUGCCUAAUACUCAGGAGGUACUAUGUGUCUGUGAAGAUUCUCAUUCAUCCACAUGUCCAGCAAAGUCACUGCCAGCAAAGAACUCUGUUGUGCUGUAUCACAUGGCUCAAAUGUUCAUUGAACAAGCAUUCCGGCAGCCCCCAGAGACCAUCAGCAUAAAAUAAUGCUUGAGAUGACACCUCUGGUAGCCAUUUUGUGGAGAACUGCCAUUUGCAGUUUGCAUGGGUUGUAAGGACUAUAUAGAGUGAGGAGGGAUGACCUUAGAAAGACCCCUUAGAUUAGAAGGUCUAGCCUGCAAGUGUGCACUUCUGCAACACACACACACACACACACACACACACACACACACACACACACACACACACACACACACACACACACACACACACACACACACACACACACACACACACACACACACACACACACAUACACACACGGACACACACACGGACACACACCAUAAAGCAGAAGUGAAACGGGACACACUCCACCAUCGCAGAGGAAGAACAAGGAGCAGAAGUGCACAGCCGGCUGCUGUUGUUGACUUCAGUCACAUGCCUCGCGUUGUCGCAGGAGCAAAACAAGCUAAAUGGGGUUUCAGUCACAAGCACAUCUCUGACUUCUGGUUGCCUUCUUCUUUAUGUUGGCGAGGUGUUGCUGUUCAAGAGAGAAAGUGAACUGAAAGAGACUUUGAAGAAGAGGAGCUGCAAAAAACUGCCUCACAGGCUAUUUUUUUUUUCUUCCCAAGUAGCAGAUCGAAAGUGUUAUGUGUCGUUUGUAUCGUUGCGCAAGUGUGGAGGUUUUUCAGGGGAAAAUUCCCUGCUUCCUGAUGUAAUUGUCUGCCUUAGGGACAAAACUUUUCCCAUUUUUAUUCUUCUAUCCUACUUCACCCUAACUCCGACCCACUCCUCACCCCCCCUGACACUCUCACAUCCACCCCCACCCUCCGUCAUUCCCAUGACCUCACCCCUCCAGCGACGCCUCACGCAGCUCCAAGAAUGGAGUUGGUGGAGGGUGUGGUGCGGGGUGUCUGAAUAACAAACCCCCUCCACACCCUCAGUAGAGGGUUGCCAUGCCAACGGGGUUCCAAUGGCAGACAGAGGCCAGGCUUGACAGACAAUUCCUCAUGUGAACGAGAGGACAGGAAGGGCAGUGAAAAGCAAACAAACAAACAACAAAUCAAGUAAACAAGCAAAGUAAACAAAUAAGAGAGAAAGGCCUGGUCAAGGUGGCUCAAGGUGCCGAAGCUUAUUGUCAUUGGGGAGAGGGUUCGUUAGAAACUUUUGACGGCACACAAAAAAGAACUCACGUGAUGUCUGUUGCACACUAUGCUGCCUUCUUUGUCUUGCUCAUCCUUCAGCAGUGAGGUUGUAACAUCAAAACUCCACACCCAGAGAAGCCUCUUAAAACCUUGAGGGGUUAUCUGCCGUUCUUCGGCGAAGAGAACUGCAUGAUGAGUAUGGAAGAUGGUGAAUAUGAACUGCAGGAGUGAGGAUGGACUCAUUUUCCACUGUUAUGGAGACAUUGGGUUGUGGGAAGGAUGUUCAUUCUUUCUGUUUCUGUAUCUUGAGUCGUGCAUUAGGUCUCGUCCUGGGCCCUUAGGUCCUGCCCCAAGCACACAGUGUUAAUGUGUAUAAGUCUUUGUGUGUGUGUGUGUGUGUGCGUGUGUGUGUGUGCGUGUGUGUGUGUGUGUGUGUGUGUGUGUGUGUGUGCGCGCGCGCACUCGCGUGAAUGCGUGCGUGCGUGUGCGUGUGUGUGUGUGUGUGUGUGUGUGUGCAUGCAUGCGUGCUUGCCUGUGUGUCUGUAAACUUUGCACUAAUAUCUUGUAUGUUUUUUGUAACAUUCUUUGUAUUUUUAUGUUUCAAUGUUUGUAUCUUUGUAUGUAACUGCCAGUGAAUUCUAGCAAAAUUUUACACAAGGAGAAUCUGAAUGGUAUUUUUUAUAUAAAACAAUAUGGAUACAAUUGAUAUUAUCUAAAGGUUAUUAACCUUACAUACAAAAAAAUAUAAUAAAUAGAACAGACAUAAUAAUUUGGGG